AUGGUCUGAUAUGUCCAGGGUAACAUACAAAAUGAAGCUAAACGGUGUUCGGGUAGUUCAGCAGUAGAUUCUCCUCUCCGUCUGACUCUCUCCAGGGGCGGGGCGGCUCUCCAUCAGUUUAAUGUUGUCAGCACGUGGAUAGUUGAGUCCCGGGCGCGCAGAGCAGAGCGCGCGGUGUUUCGCUCGGGUGGAGAGAGUGCGAGGAUGCUGAGAGAGACGCCAGUGAGAGGACGAACAGGUCGCACGGAUGUAAGAGACGGUGAUGGUGCCUUCAAACUUACCACGGGAUGGGUCUCUUUUUCAAAGCCGCAACCAAAUGAGCCGUAAGAGGAAUUGUCUGGAAAAGAAAAUGACGCGAACGGGAUUAAAAUAAGAAUACAAGGUAAGAAAAAAAAAAAAAACCCGGAGAAAAACCUGCAACUAACUUACGAACAGAAUAUUCGCGAAGACGCGCGUGGACGAUUGACUGGACAGCGGAGCUUUUUCUGAUUCAAUAUGCAUAACUUAAGCUUUACGAGCGAAGUGGACACUUCCUCUAGGAAUUCUACAAGUCGCUAUUCUCCGGCCACCAUUAUAGGGCUCGCGGGGCUGGUGAGCUUCCUCAUCUUGUUUACAAUUGUGGGGAAUGUGCUGGUCGUUAUCGCUGUUUUAACGAGCAGAGCGCUCAAGCCUCCACAAAACCUUUUUCUUGUGUCUCUAGCCAGUGCGGACAUUCUGGUGGCCACACUGAUAAUCCCCUUCUCUCUGGCCAAUGAAUUAAUGGGCUACUGGUUUUUUGGUAAAGUUUGGUGUGAUAUCUAUCUAGCACUUGAUGUGCUUUUCUGCACAUCUUCUAUUGUUCACCUGUGUGCCAUAAGUCUGGACAGGUACUGGUCUGUAACACAGGCGGUCGAGUACAACUUAAAGCGGACGCCUCGCAGGGUAAAGGGCAUGAUUGUGGUGGUAUGGUUGAUCUCGGCUGUAAUCUCCUUCCCGCCACUCAUCUCCAUGGACCGGAAUAAAGAUGUUGACAAGAACGAACCGCAAUGCCAGCUGAAUGACCACACGUGGUACAUCUUGUACUCCAGCAUCGGGUCAUUCUUUGCCCCGUGUGUCAUCAUGAUCCUUGUUUACAUCCGAAUCUACCAGGUGGCUAAGACGAGAACCCGAAAUAUGUCGGAAAAGCGUCGCGACCCGGACGGCGCGUCAGGAACACCGCGGCUGGAGAACGGCUUGAGCCGUGAGGAUUCCAGGCGAGAAAAUGGGCACUGUCCCUCGCCGCCAAUGGGGGAACGCAAAGCAGGCGAGGAUGACCCUGAUGCCGAUCUGGACGACAGCAGCUCAUCUGAUGAGAAGGCCAAACGGGUGCAAAACGAGACGGGGCCCUCACGAAAAGACCGCCGAUCCAGCCGCAAGAACAGCUCCAGCUCCAAGCACUCCAGCCGAAAGUCCAGAGCCAGCAGCAAAUCCCUGGACCUGUUUUCCUCCCGCAGAAAAAGGAGAAACACCAUUUCGAGAAAAAAAAUUUCCCAGGCACGGGAGAAGCGGUUCACCUUCGUGCUGGCCGUGGUCAUGGGAGUGUUCGUGGUCUGCUGGUUUCCGUUCUUCUUCAGCUACAGCCUGUAUGGGAUCUGCAGGGAGCCCUGCGCCAUCCCAGACACCCUUUUCAAGUUCUUCUUCUGGAUCGGUUACUGCAACAGCUCCCUCAACCCCGUCAUCUACACAAUUUUCAACCAGGACUUCCGGCGAGCUUUUCAGAAGAUCCUGUGCAAACCCUGGAAAAGAUCUUUUUAGAGAACAUUGGCAGCUAGUUUGCAGCAUCCAGUGCCAUUUACAGGUGGUUGACAAGAAAGACGUUUUUCAAAAAUACCACUCUCUUUGCAUUGACAAUCUGUACACAACAAUGACCUUGAUGUGUUUUGCUACUCCGUUGUGUAAUGCUCUCCUUGCAUCUGUGAGGACAACAGAGGCUGGUCUCAUAGGUGGCACUAAAAAGCUAAAGAUGCUUGGGGAAAAAAAAGCCUCCUGAAUUGGGCAGCACUGUACUGCAUUAGAGGAAACAGGCUUAUCUUUAUUAUGGCUGCAGGCACUUUGAAGUUAUCAAGAGAUAUUUUUUAUGAUGAGUAUGCACAUAUGGCUUGUGUCUUUGUGACUAGAGAGCUAUGUAACAUGAAAGGCAGUCUCCUUUUAUACGGUGACAAAAAAGACAAGACGAGAAGUACAUUUCUAGAAAGUAUGCAGUUUCUUUCCAGCUGAGAGUGACAAAAUGGACACAGUUGGUUAGGGAGUAGAAGGUUGUCAUCGGAUGACAGAUGGAAAGAGAGAGUUGCCCUGAUGUGGUUGAGUAUUGCGAGGUUCGUCAAGUACUGACUCUAACGAAGCUCUAUUACAGACUCUCCUUAACUGUUCUUCAGUGAAACAAACCAUUGCAUUUCUGCUCUUUAACAUGCCAUAAAAAAGUAUACAAAAUAGCCAUUUACUGGACUACACUUUUCAAUGAUGAUAAUAACACUUAUUUAUCGACAGGAUUUAUUUAUCAGAUUAUAAAUUAUUUAAGCUUUGUGGCUAUGCUUGUACAGUGUCUCCCAUUUGUUCAAAAUAUCAUAGUGAUAUAAUGCAAAGAAUGAUAUAUGAGGCUGUUGUAAAUUUAUAAAAGCAAAACAGCCUCUUUUUUGUGGUUGUUUUUGUAUAUUAUGAAACAUCUGUCUUUAUGGAUGUUGGGCUUCUCUCCUUUUCUAUUCCAUAUACUUGUGAAUGAUAUCUUCAAAAUGACUGACAGGUCAUUACAGCACAGCUGAUGAUCAAACAAAAGUGAUCAAAUAAAUGGAUUGUAAUUCUCUUUUUACUGUGAACAGAGCAGAAGCUUUAUAAUUCACUCUUCAUGUCUCUAAAGUGGGCUUAUCAUAAUUUGAAAUGGCUGUGAUUAAACAUUGUGUGAGGUUUUGCCAUUUUGCUGGUACAAUAUUCCAUUCAGCUCAGAACGGAAAAAAUAAAUAAAAUUAGAAUCUGAACUAAUUGAAUAAUUGUCCUAGAUUGUUUGCAACAGUUGAAAUGAUGUUCAUAUGUCUGCUUCAACGUGACUCUGAUGCCUAUGCAGUGUUGCACAUUAUUGUUCGGUCAACUUUGUGGUACGACACUGUUACUAAUUUUGAAGAAACAUAAACUAUGCAACAGUUAGUGGUAGAGGAAAAUAUUUAAACCCAAAAUCUCCUUUUCAGAAGGAAUAAUACAUUCUCAUUGUACAUCAUCUAAUUAAAUCAUUGUCACACUUAUGCAUUUUAAACAAUGCUGGGUUGU